AUUUAUUCUGCCGGGAAACUUCAUACGUACGCCAUUCUACGAAUGAAUAACAUUGUCAUCGCAUGCAUCAAACGUAAUACACAAGGGAUCAAAUUCAGUGGUUGAUUCACAUAGCAACGAACAUAGUAACACGUAACUAGCCAUGCUUGAUGAGAAAGAAGAUUAUACAAAUACAAUUAAAAUUCGUGGAUAUUAAAGUUAUUUAAAUAGAGAAAUUAUAUAAAAAUGUCUCAACAUUGGCAUGGUCAUUGGACAGAAGAUGCAUUUGCUCCGAAAAGAUUGCAAAAUUGGCAAGUUCCCAAAUGGUAUCCCAGCUGGCCAGACAGGCAUUGUGUCACUACGAAAUUUAUUGCGGAUGAUAAUGGACGUAUACUAGACGACGCUAAAAGAGUCCAACAUUCGCCGUGGGGUACAUUUAAAGGCACAUGGGAUUUGCCAAAGAAAAUUACUAGAAGCAUUGCCACAGAAUUAUCAAUGUCUUCUCAAUACAAGAGAAAUUCCUGGGAAUUGCACAAGAAGAAACACCAGAAUUUAUGUGAGAAGAUAAAACAUGCGAGCAAGGAUGGAAACGAGAUAGCAGCAAAGAAAAGCAUACACAUGCAAACGAUGUAGACAUGUCAAUCUCAUACCCUGUAAGUCGAAAGAGAUGCAUGUUUGCUCGAUGAUAUUGUUUCAUAGCUGGACUCCAGGGGUAAACUUCGUUCAUUGUA